AUGAGUGAGAAGACAGCUCUGGAGGGUCCAGGCCUGAGGGACUUGGGCAUCACACAUGUCCUGAAUGCAGCGGAGGGGAAGUGGAAUAACGUGCUGACUGGUGCUGAUUACUACAGUGACAUGUCCAUCCAGUAUUUGGGUGUAGAAGCUGAUGACAAACCCACUUUCAACAUCUCCCAGUACUUCAUCUCUGCAACCCAGUUCAUCCAUGAGGCCCUCAGCCACCCCCAGAAUAAAGUCCUGGUGCACUGUGUGAUGGGUCGCAGUCGGUCAGCAACUUUGGUUUUGGCGUACCUCAUGAUGAAACACGAAUUAACUGUGGUGGACGCUAUUGAGCAUGUGCGACAGCGCCGAUGCAUCCUGCCCAAUCAUGGCUUCUUAAAACAACUCAGAGCCCUGGACAUUGCACUGCAAGAAGAGAGACUGACACAGAAGAAACAGCUGCAAGAACAAUAA